UCAAACGACGUCGUGCCACUGUCCAAUCAAUUUGAUAGUUCUUUUCCAAGGAGCAGUGCUGCUUCGUGCCGCUUUGAGUUUACGGAGGAGAAUUUAUGCCUUGGAAUCUUUGAUUUUACCCUUUGUGCCUGAUUCGACUGGUCUGUAAUUGAUUGAUUGUUUUGCUCUCUCGCUUUAAUUUGCUUUGCAGGGCCAAGGCGGAGGAAGAUAGCAGCCAUGGCGAAUGGUGUGGAGCAGGACAAGGCGCUGCAAUCAAUAUUCUACAAGCACGGUUCGCUUCAGUUGCUCGAUCAGAGGAAGCUUCCGUUUGAAACUCUGUAUCUGGACAUCAAGGAUUCCCAAGACGCAUGGGUAGCAAUACAGGAUAUGGUUGUUCGUGGUGCGCCUGCAAUUGCGAUAGCUGCUGCCCUUUCCUUGUCCGUAGAAGUUUCCAAGUUAGGGGAUUUUAGCGGCACAGCUAGUGAUGCAGCGUACUUUCUUAGCGACAAAUUAGACUAUUUAGUUUCGAGCCGUCCAACUGCAGUCAAUCUCCAUGAUGCCGCAACAAAACUUAAGGAAGUUGUGCGAAAGGCUGCAGCCACUGUAUCCGAUGCACAGACCAUCUUCCAGAUAUAUAUCGAAGCUGCUGAAAUAAUGCUUGAAGAAGAUGUGGCUUCCAAUAAAGCUAUUGGAUCGUACGGCGCUAAUAUCAUCCAACAACAGCAGAAAGAUUCGAAGAACGUAUCUGUUUUGACGCAUUGCAACACCGGAAGUCUUGCAACUGCUGGAUACGGAACAGCUCUAGGAGUGAUCCGAGCCCUUCACGAGAAAGGAAUUCUAGAAAGAGCUUACUGUACAGAAACGCGCCCCUUUAAUCAAGGAUCGAGACUCACUGCAUUUGAAUUGGUGCACGAUAAAAUCCCCGGAACACUCAUAGCUGAUUCGGCUGCUGCUGCACUAAUGAAAGCCGGUCGAGUAAAUGCCGUGACUGUUGGAGCUGACCGUGUUGCUGCCAAUGGUGACACGGCCAAUAAAAUAGGGACUUACAGCCUCGCCUUGUCGGCAAAGCAUCACGGCAUCCCGUUUUAUGUGGCUGCACCUCUCACUUCCAUCGAUUUAUCACUCCCUUCCGGGGAUAAAAUCGUUAUAGAAGAGAGAUCCCCUAAGGAGCUACUGAAUGCUCGUGGCGGCCUCGGAGAGCAAGUUGCUGCAUCGGGUAUCUCCGUUUGGAACCCUGCCUUUGACGUCACCCCGGCUUCUCUCAUCAGCGGCAUUAUCACUGAGAAGGGUGUGAUUACAAAAGAUGGGACAGAUUGUUUCGACAUCAAAAGUUUUGCUGAAGGAGUUUCGACAUCCACCAUGAACAAGGCUUAGAAUAUAGUAAGAAUCAAGUUCUGAUUUAUGUGAUAUGCCUUUUUGUUAAAAUAAAGUUUGUUUGAGGGAAUAAUUUGGGACUUAAUGUUGUCGAGAAUCUAAGAUUUUAAAUGGUUAUGGGUGUGUGAUAAUCACACUUUGCAAUUAUUUUUUUUAAAAAAAAUUAAAUUAAAUUAAAUUAAUUAGUUGAGUGUUUUCCUUAUUAUUUAUAUUUGUUUUUUAAAAAAUUAGUGAAUGAUAUUAUUGUGUACAUGUUAAACUUGUAACAUAUGGUUCGCUGGUCGGGGAUUUAUUUGUGUUUAAGUA